AUGGCGCGCCGCCGCCGCCCACCGCCCUCGCCCCCGCCGCCGCCACCGUCUCCCGCGCCGCCACCGCCUCCGCCGGCGGACCUAUCCGAGGAGCUCGUCGAGGAGAUCCUCCUCCGCUUCCCGCCCGGCGAACCGGCGAGCCUCCUCAGCGCCGCGCUCGUCUGCAAGCGCUGGCGCCGCCUCGUCUCCGGCCCCGGCUUCCGCCGCUGCUUCGGCGAGUUCCACCGCACCCCGCCGAUGCUGGGGAUGUUCUGCAACAGAGGCUUCAUCAGCGUGUCGCACUUCGUGCCCUCGACCGCGUUCCGCCCGCAUCAUGCCGAGCGUGGCCACAGGCGCGCUCUGGAUGCCCGACACUGCCGUGUCCUCCUCCACGGGAAAGGCAUGGACCUCAUCGUCUGGGACCCCAUCACGGACGAGGAGUGGAAGAUGCCCUUUCCCCCGCAGUGCACGGGGUCGUUGUGCUGGGCCGCGGCGAUUCUCUGCUCUGCCGCUGGUGCCGGCGGCUGUGAUCACGUUGAUUGCCACCGUCGACACUUCGUCGUGGUUUUCGUGAACUCUGUUUUGAUUGACCCUGGUACAGUGGUGGCAUUUAUCUAA